UUGAAAUGUUUAUUGAAUUUUAAUUGUGAAUAAAGAAAGUUUUAAAUUUUAUUAUUGGAAAUAAAUUAUUUUUUUUAAAAUGCGAACAAUUAUAGCACAUAGGAACAUUCAGAAAUAUUUAGAAAAAUGUGGAACUGAAAGAAAAUUUUCAUUCGGUCUUGUUAUUGGACAACCUAAUAUCCAAAACAAAGAUUAUGUAAUUCAUUUGGCAAAAAAUUCAGAUUGCAAUGAAACGGAGCAAGAAAUUGAAGUCUCUGAAACAACUCCAGAACAUAACUCUAGCCAUAUCUGUUUUCAAUCUGUUGAUGAUUUAGAUAGUACUUCAUUAUCACAUCAAGUGAUGAGUCUUAUAAAAAUGAUUCCAGGAUCUUUUUUCGUUUUGGGUGUAUUUUUCGUUGAUGAUUCUGACAUAUACAAAAAUAAAGAAAAAACAGAUAAAAUAAUGGCAAUUUUGUCAGACAUAAGCCAACUAUUUAGACGAAAUAAAUAUCUUUACGGUACUUCAACAACUAUGGGAUCGACUAAAUUAAUAAUGUUCUAUAAUUCUGCAACAAAAAGUUUAGAUUGUAAAUAUUAUGACCCUAAGGACAAAAACACUUUGAUUCCGGCAGAAUGUAUUUUUCUUGAUAAGCUUACCGAAUGGAUUUUUUUUGAAACAAAUUAUGAAUUAGACGAAAUUUUCCCUAUCGCUGAAAGCAACGAAAAGCUCAAUAUUGAAACACAUUUCACGGCUACACUCGAAGCAAUCAACUUGUAUGUUAAUAAUAGCAAAAUUUUUGUACAAGACGAACCAGUCGAAGAUGGUAUUAUUUUGGAAAACUAUUUGAAAAAAUGUCAAAAUAAAUACGAUAAGACAAAGGGGAUAUCAGCCAGUAUAUUUUUGACAACAACUGCUUUGGAUGAGAAGGUAUUAAUUGAACAAUUUGAUGGAAUAAUUCGAUAUUCUGGAAUAAUAGCAUCAAGGGUUUGGGCUCAUCCAAAAUCUUCAUUUAAGGAAAUUUAUGAUUUUAUAAGAACUGAUAUUAUGCGAUCAAUGUGUUCCCGGAUACAGGUGUAUUGUGAUGGUUUGAUUGAUCCUAAUGCAUCUAAUGACGCCGUUGUAAUAAAUGAGCCCCCUAGAAGAGUGUUUUUCAACAAAGUUGAUGAUAACGGUAUUCAAUUUUGCGAUUAUAUAUUUCGAGGAGAGUCUCCGUCUGUUGUUACAUCGCAAGCAAAGUUUAUCUUAGAUUUGGAAAUUGAAACACAUAAUGUUAAUGAUGCAGUUGAAGGGUAUCCUGAUGAUGACAGUUUUGGAAUAAGUAAAAUACCAAACACUUCCAAUCGUCAGUCUAAAUAUGCAAAAGGAUAUGGACAAGUAAUGUAUAUUGGAAUAGCUUCAGCCGUGAUUGUUUUAAUAAUUUCUAUUCUGUUACAUUUUAUAUUUCGAUAGUUUUGUAUAAAAUUUAAAUUUUUUCCUUUUGUAAAUUAAAAAUAGAAGUGGAUGAUUCCUUGUUAUAAAUUUAAUAAAUUUUUUUAUAUUAUUGUUUAAUGGUA